AUGGCCGGCGGCUCCCUCCUCCUCACCACCGACGCAAAAAAAGACCCCACCGAAAUCUUUAAUCUCCGUCUCCUCUACCUGCUCAUCGCCGUCGCUUGGGCCGGCAUGUUCUACGGCUUCGACCAGGGAAACAUCGGCGGAAUCAUGGAAUUGCCUUCGUUUGAGACUUCGUUCGAUUUCCGCGAUGACACGCAGGCGCAGCGGGAUGAUAAGAAAGGUACGAUUGCGGCGAUGCUUGCUGCGGGGGGUUCGCUGGGGGCUUUGUUGGCGGCGCCUACUUCGGAUUUUUUGGGGAGGAAGUGGUCGGUUUUGACGUUUGGAUUGGUGUUUAUGGUGGGGGCGUCGUUGCAGAUGGUGCCGGAUUUUGAGGUUUUGUUGGCGGGGAGGUUUGUGGGAGGGUUGGGCGUUGGUGCGUGCUCGAUGCUCACGCCGCAAUUUUUGUCGGAGAAUGCUCCGAAGUCUGUGAGGGGGUCGAUGGUCUGCACUUAUAACCUCUGCAUCAUCGUGGCUUUGAUGAUCGCUUUCUGGUGGCAAACUGCAAUGGCCAUCCAACUCAUUCCAGGCGGACUUAUGUGUUUGAUGGUACCAUGGCUGUUGGAGACGCCACGAUAUCUGAUCCGCGUCGGUAAGAGCGAGAAAGGUCUUGCCAAUUUAUGCAAGCUCCGAGGCCUUCCAGCAGACCAUCCAUAUGUCCAGCUCGAGUACUCCGAGACGAGAAACCAGAUCGCCGCCGAACAGGAGAUUCACGCGGGCAACUCGUACUGGCAGAUCUUGAAGGACAUCUUUACCAUCCCGAGCAACUUUCAGAGAUUCUUUCUUGCUAUCAUGCUGUUCUUGUUUCACAAGUUGACCGGCACCGACUCGUUGAACUACUUCGCUCCGCGCAUCUUUCAGAUUAUCGGGGUGAGCGACGGUAACUCGUUGCUGACCACCGGCGUGUAUGGAGUGGUCAAGUUCGUUACCACGAUGCUCUAUGUGGGAUAUCUCGUCGAGCAUGUCGGACGUCGCCUGCCACUCAUCGUGGGUGCAACAAUUCAGGCGUCUUGCAUGCUGUAUCUCGCGUUGUAUGUCCGAUUUGGGCCAGAUGCAGAGUCCGUCAGCGGGGGCACACCGGCAGGCGGCAUAGUUGGAAUCAUUGCCAUCUACCUCUAUGCUUUUGGAUGGUCUUUCGGUCAUUCGGUAGCGUGCUAUGUGGUUGCUGCAGAGAUCUUUCCAGCUCGCAUACGAUCUUUCUGCAUGUCUUUCUGCUUCUUCACGAAUUGGAUCGUGAACUACGGCAUUACGAGAGCGACGCCAAACAUGAUCACGACCAUGGGCUGGGGCAUCUUCCUGAUGUACGCCGUCUUGACGUAUCUCGGCGUCGGCUUCGUCUGGCUAUGUCUCCCCGAGACUAAAGGCCGCUCCAUCGAGGCCAUGGAUGACCUGUUCAAGCACCCAUUGUGGAUGAUGUGGAAGUACGCGUACCCCAAGGAGGAGGACAAGGUCAGAAAGGACUCGCUGGGCUACGAGGCUAGGCAAGCAUUCGCGCUCAAUGGGACGAAUGGGGUUCAUCGCAAGGAAGGGGUCCGCUCGCACUUCACUCUCAAUACUGGGGCUAAGAUCGGAGCAGUAGGGUUUGGCACGUGGAAGGCAGCACCAGGAGAAGCUGCAAAAGCCGUCAAAGAAGCCUUCGCAGCAGGCUAUCGACAUUUCGAUUGUGCUCCACUCUACUUCAACGAAGCUGAAAUCGGCCAAGUCUUCAAAGCAGCGCCUAUUCCACGCUCGGAGUUCUUCGUCACAACAAAGCUCUGGUCCUCUGACCAUCAACGCGUUCAGCAAGCGCUAGAAAAGUCCUUGCGAGACCUCGGACUGGAUUACGUGGAUCUUUAUCUCAUGCAUUGGCCCGUCACCCUCAGUCCUGACACAGGCGCAGAGUACGGGAAAGAAGAUCGCAAAGUGCAUGUCGAAGGCUGGGAUUUUCGAGACACCUGGCGCGAGAUGGAGAAAUUGCUUGACACGGGCAAGGUGCGUGCCAUCGGCGUAGCGAAUUUCUCUACCGUGCACCUCGAGAAGUUACUCGAGACUGCAAAGGUCGUGCCGGCAGUCAAUCAGACCGAGAUUCAACCUCUGCUUCCACAGGACAAACUACACGCAUAUUGUUCGGCAAAAGGCAUUCAUCAGACGGCAUUCGGCCCACUCGGCGGUUCUGGAAGCACGCUGCACGAAGAGCCCGUUAUCGUUGAGAUGGCGAAGAAACGAGGUGUUGCGACCGGCAAUGUCAUGCUCAGCUGGGGCAUUGCGAAGGGUUGGUCCGUGAUUCCCAAAUCCAUCAAUCCAAAGCGUAUAGCUGCGAAUCUGAGAGAUAAUUUCGUGCCCAGCGCGGAAGAGAUGCAGGCAAUUGAUGAUUUGGCUAAGAAGCAAGGCAAGCGCUUCAAUCGUCCGGAUUGGGGAACGACAAUCUUUCAUGAUGAUGCGGAUGCAAAUGUAGCAUAG